GAGGGAGACAUAGAGGAGAACCCUGCAGAGAGGAAGAGCAUCUGACCCAUUUCCUUUUGCAAUCUCAGUGCUGGGAACAGUAGCUGAGUGGAGGGGGGAUAGUAUAACAAGAGUGGGCUUAGAUCUGGUGUAAUCAGGAGACACGACAAGCAGGUAUCUGCAUCCAAGGAAACAAUACUCAGCCUCAGCGGGGACGGGAUCAGUAGAGGACACGCUGUGACAAGGACAGCAGAACCAUAGACACACAUAUACCGGACUGCAUUGUGAAGAUAAGGAGCGACACGCUGUCACUGAGACCACGCUGUGGAGGCCAACGCCACCCCCUUCAUCACCAAAUUGGCGCUGAUACAAUCACUGACGUGGACUGCUCUAUUGCUGUGGGUUUACCUAACGAGGGCUGCAUGUGGAUCUCGAACUGAUCUGUCCCUUCUCUUCUUACCACUGCCAGCUCGGAGCUGAGAUGGGCACCCAGGGCACCGGUAGGAAAAGACACCCCAACCGGGAAAGACUGUCUGCUGAGGACCAUGCCUUGAAUCAGAUAGCUCGAGAGGCAGAGGCAAGGUUGGCAGCAAAGAGAGCCGCACGGGCUGAAGCAAGAGAAAUUCGGAUGAAAGAGCUGGAGCGACAACAGAAAGAGAUCUACCAGGUUCAGAAGAAAUAUUAUGGUUUGGAUGCCAAGUGGGGUGACAUUGAGCAGUGGAUGGAAGACAGUGAGCGAUACUCACACAGACCACGGAGGAAUCUCCAGGCUUCAGAUGAUGAUGAUCUCAUGUCUGUGACUAGCAGAAGCAGUCUUAGGACCAAUGGUUACGAGGAUGAAUUACUUGGACCAUCACAGUAUAGGAAGUCCAGCAGGAGCUCCACAGGCAGUGGAGAGACCAUUCAGUCCUCCCGGGGGGCACCUAAAGACGAGGCAAUGAGCGCUUAUUACUCUGACCUCAGCCUGGCCAGUGCUCCGCUCUCCAAGCAGCAGCAAUCCGUGCACAAUGGAAGUCGGCCUUCACUUCUGAACUGCAACUCUCUGCCUUCCAGAUCUCAGCGGGGGUCCCUGUAUGAUGAGGGUGUCAGCAAUAGCAGCCGUCGUUCUUCCAGUUCUCGGCCUCCCUCUGAGUACAGCUGUUACCCGGGCUCUGGAUCUCGUGCCUCCUCUCGUGCCAGUUCUGCCCGUGCCAGCCCUGUGGUGGAAGAAAGAUCAGACAAAGACUUUGGAGAGAAGGGUAGUCGUCCAGUGUCCAGCUUGUCGGCAGCUACACUUGCUUCAUUGGGUGGGACGUCCUCACGAAGGGGCAGCGGAGACACUUCAAUUUCUGUAGAUACAGAGGCAUCUAUCAGGGAAAUAAAGGAGAUCAGUGAGUUGAAGGAGCAAAUUGAGGAUGUAGAAGGCAGAUACAUGCAAGGGCUAAAGGAGAUGAAGGACUCACUGACAGAAGUGGAGGAGAAGUAUAAACGGUCUAUGGUAACAAAUGCCCAGUUAGACAAUGAGAAAACAUCUUUACAAUAUCAAGUGGACACACUACGGGAAGUUCUCUUGGAGUUUGAGGAGGAACUAGCAGAGUCCCGGCGUCAGUAUGAAGAUAAACAUAAAGAAUGCGAACGGCAAAAACACGACCAGAAUAUCUUGCGUUUCCAGCUGGCUGAGAUGAAGGAAGCAUUGGAGCAAAGAGAGUCGCUCUUAACAGAGAUCCGCCAGCUGCAACAAAGACAAGAAAACGGUGACCGCGAGAUCUGUGACCUUAAGGAGACCAUAGAAUGGAAGGAUAAAAAGAUAGGGGCUUUAGAGAGACAAAAAGAUUUUUUUGAACCAGUUCGCAGUGAACGUGAUUCCCUCAGGGAAGAGGUGACCCGUCUGAGGGAUGAGCUGAAGAAACAUGGCAUAGCACUGGAUUCUGUGGGCACCCCCAAUGGAGAUGCUUCUGUAGAACCUCAUGUAAAUGCAGAUGGCCGACCCGAUCCACCGAUAAGGGCAACAUCCAUGGGCCCCUCAGAGGAAGCAGUGGAGAAAAAGGAAACUAUGUCAGUGGUGGGUGAAAUUCCUCCCUCCAAGACUGAGCAGGCCAAUCGGGAAGUAUUACUGACUGCUUCAUCAGAAUCGCCACUGAAUGCAGAGGUUGGAGAUAAAAUUAAAGAGCGAGUCAUUCAAGAAUUUGCUCACAAUUCAAAUGCUGAAGUAAAUACUGUUGGUACCCUCAGUGGCUGUCAAACAGAUCUAGAGAAUAAUGGAGGUCUGCCACUUGAUUCAGAAUCAACAAGCAAUGAAUGUGAAAUGGCGGUGGACGAACAUACUCCAGAAAAUGUACACAAAGAGGAUUUAGAGCUACGUUUUUCAGAGAUGCCUAAAGAGACAACAGUCGCCCAGAGGAACACAAGCCCAGUAGAAUAUGAUGUCUUCCAAGAUGCUCUGGAAAAUGUUGUUCAGUCUCCUUUAGUAGCUAAUCAGUUCAGUGAAGAAUACACAGUUUCUGCGGGUGAUUUUAGGAGUGAUGACUAUAACAUCAGCCAACAAGACUUGCAUAAGGAAGAAGACCAAUGUGAUGUGCAGAGCACAUCUAUUGAAAGUAACAGUGUUCCCAAAAAUGGAACUUUGGAGAUUUCAGAUUGUAGAGACAAUAUUGUCGUCAGUACAGAUGAUAUAGGUGACCUUCAUAAAGACACAAAAGAUGAGCAUAAAACAAGCAGCUCUGAUGAUUCUAGUCAGGAUGAUUCAGAAGGGAGUACUGCUGAUGAGAUGACAGCUACAGCUGUAGAACAUGAAGUGUGUGAGAAGGAGGUGAAGCAUGAAGAACAGUCUGUUCUUGUUGAGCCAGGGUUAGAGUGUAGAGAGGAUGACUCAAAAGCUAGUAAUACAAACGACAUAUCUUCUGAGAAGGAGUCCGUAUCUGCAGAGGCAACCGUUCACACCGAUGCAUAUGAUGUAGCUGAAGAGAAAAACACUGAUGCAUCUCCCGAGCAGUCAUCACAAGACACCCAGCUUAUAAAAGAGAAACAACUGGUAGACCGUGAAAACAAUAACUAUGGUGAGGUUUCAGAGCCUUGUAUCAUAAGCAACAUGCAAAGUGCAGUUAAGAGUGAAGAGGAUAGCAAUAGUCACCUAGACCAACACAAAGGUACAACAGAUGCUGGCAGCAUUCAUGCUAAUCUAGAAAGUCAGAAAAAUGUAAAAAUGAAUACUGCAUUUCCAGAUUUGCCAGGGGCUGAGUUAUUGGAUGAAAGGGAAGAAAACACAUUUUCUGACACUUUAGUGUCUCACGAGAGUGAGAGAAGCAAUAAAAAAAUGAAUACUGUCUUCUCAGAUGCACUAGACACAGCAUUAUUAGAUGAAGGAAACCUAGACAAAAUUUCUGAUCAUCCAGUGUGUGACAAGAGUGAGGCCAUAAAUGAAAAAACGAAUCCGGUCUUCCCAGAUGCACCAGUAACUGAGUUAUUGGAAGUAGCGAAAACCUCUGAUCAUCCAGAUGGAUCAUCAUCCAGUGAGACCACAAUUGACAACAUUCCAGUUGUUGCAGAAACCCAAAAAGACUCGGUUUCCAUUGAGACUGUAAGUAGUGAGGGCGAGGCUACACCAGAGGGGGAAGAAUCUGAUGAUAAUGACAAUGAAAAUGUGGCUGUACGUAGUGAAAAAUACACUGGAGAAAGUCUUCCAUUGGGAUCAUCAGUGGACCAUGGAUCUACAGAUGACAUACGAAUGGAGGACAGCUCGGAUAAAGCUGCCAGAAAAGGAAAAGGCAAAAAUAAAGAAGACUGUGUGGUUUCAGUUCCUCUGUUGAGCAGAGAAAUCAGGAUGAAGAAAUUAAUGGAUGAGAGGGAAUCCUUCCUAGAGCAGAUUAAAAGACUGAAGAGCCAACUAGAAGAGAGAAACUUCAGAAACCGAAGUCCUGAUAACCCAGAUGGGGACGAUAUGGAAAAUGGCACUGAUGUGCAAAGAGAUUCUAGCAGACAAAUCAGUGACCUCAAAUUUAAAAUAACCAAAUCCACACAAGAAAUAACUGCCUUAGAACAGAAUGUUAUUCGGCUAGAGAGCCAGUUGUCCCGAUUCAAAACGUCUUCAGAAAAUGCUGAAAAAAUUGAAGAUGAAUUAAAAGCUGAAAAACGAAGAUUACAGAGGGAGCUCCGUACAGCCUUGGAUAAGAUUGAUGAGCUUGAAGUAGGCAAUAGCCAUUUGGUAAAGAGGUUGGAGAAGAUGAAGGCCAACCGAAGCGCCAUCUUGUCCCAGCAGUGACUUUUGCGGUGGUUGGAACAUGUGAAUAUAGAUAAAGAGCACUCGAAGUGCCAUUUUUCCAGGCUUCUGCUUCUGUCAAAAUAAUGUAACCACCAGUAUGAUGGAGCCAUGAGACAGAACAGAGGGAUCUAUUGCCAAUAGAUUAUUUAAAUCCACUCACUGCCUGUGGCAAUAGCAAUGCAACUUCCAUUCUUUACAAUGUUUCUCCUGUGGCACUAAAUGUCCGGGGAAUCCCAAGUAUGGCGAAGCAGGUGACUCCAGCAUUUCAGUGUGGCUUAUUUUAGGGCAGAAGAAGCGGAGCCUUGCCAUAAACUCAGAACAAGGACAGUCCUGAUAAAUAAUUAUGAUGGAAUUGGUAUUAAACAGAUUUUCCAAGUUUUUACAAGCUUAAACGUGAAAUCUCCUUUAUUCCCCGACUCACAGAAUUUGACAGUCGCAAAAAUAAAAGCCAUUGCCAAAUAAUCAUAACCUUACGGGUUAAAAACACAGUACUGCAGCAUAGAGGCAAUAUCUGAGGCACUGUAAAUUUGGACAAUAUACUACAUUUUUGUACCUUUUGCUGUGAACAUAAGCACAAUUUAAAAAGGUGUAAGGUAUCGGGAAACAAACGCACAGCAGAGUUAUGCUACAUAUUGGCUGUGUCAUCCUGCAUGGCUACCUGCUGCUACAAUUCGUCAUCAUUCUAAAGAGUUCAGCUACAGACGUUCUCUGCUGUACAGGAGCAGCAAAUGUGCCUCGCUGUAAGCAGGACAUUAUGAAGACAACGGUGAGCCCAGGGACACACUGCUGGUUUUCCAUUAUGACGUGUGCAACUGACAAAAACAAAUGCUGUAUGUGAUUUGUCCUUGUUGCUCUUGGACUUUUUUCAGACACUUGGAAUGUUCCUAUUUAUUAUUGGGGGGGAGGGAAGCAAUGCGGUUCACUGGAGGAAAUUUGCAGAUGCAAAAAUCACCCAAAGAUUAAUGAAUGUGUGUGCGCGCAUGUGUGUUAAUAUUUUUUGGAGACACAAGCCAUGGAACAGAGACUCACUGAAUGUGUGUGCAUUCCCAUUGUCAUUCUUUUUUGGGGGAAAGUGGCCUUAUUUGACUUGUGCUGGACUCUUGAUAAACAAGCAUGAAGCUACAGCUCUAUCACUUCUUCAGUCACUGGAGUUUUUUCUCUUUCAGGGUUAAUAAACGCAUCACUGAAUAAUAAAGAGAUGACUCAAAACUUUA